AAGUACACCUUUGUUUUAUAUAUUAUAUAUUGCAAGUCGGCUGUUCGGAAAAAUAUUUUUUCCUAUUUCCAUGCAAACAAAUUAGUUAAUUAUGAUUAAUCAGAAACAUUAGUAAUCACAAUGAUAAUUGUUAUUGAUAAGUUAUCAAAAUCUAUUCGGCUAAUAAUCGAUCGGAUUCUCGAAUUCAUUCUCUCUAAAAAAUAAUCUUAAAAACACAAUUAUUAAAUGGUUUUAGCCUUUAUAUUUUAGACAUUAGACAUUUAAAAAUAAAAAGGAAAUCUUCUUUGCUGACAUGCAUGACUAGAUUAAACUCGAUUGUAUUAUCAUCUCAAUCUGUUACGAGGUCUGUGCGCCAUUGCUUCAGUGCUAUCGCCUGCAUUUUUGUCGUUAAGUUACUCCCUGGCAAAAUUUAUGUGGUAAGGAAGGAAGGCUUAUUAGCAAAGCUUAAUCAAAAAUGGUGAGAAAUGCUCCUAAAAAAAAUUUAGCUUUUAUCUGGUAAUAAUCAUUCUUCUAUUAUUUUAUUUAUUAUAUCGUGCUAUAAAUUCAAAUAUGCCAAGUUUUUUGAUGAUUGGCACACAAUUAGAAUUGCACCAAACUAAAAAAUGAAUGGUACUACUGGUUUCAAUUGUAGAAAUUGCAUUAAAAAUUGGCAUCUUUCUUAAUAAAGUCAUGUGUGGUCCAGAUGCUUGUUUCAGCAUGCACAGUAAUAAAUUUUUUAAAUCACAUAUCAGAAUUCAGAUUUUCUUGGACAUCCUCAAAGUUGUGGAAGGCCUUUUCAAUGAAGUAAUCUUUUUCCUAACUUAUGAUUUAGUUUUAAUUUAAUUUCCCAAUUAUUUUAUUAAAUACAAUUUUAAUGCAAUGUUUAAUAUUUGUGACGUUCUAUCAUUAUUGUUGAUUACUUAUAAAUUUAUAAAUCAUAUCAUAAUUUUGUCAUAUAUAUAUGUAUAUAUAUAUAUAUAUAGGUCGAUAAAUUAUAGCGAGACGGCCUUGGAUUGAUAAUUUGAGCUGUGUUGUCUCUAGUGCUGAUGAUUGGGCUGGCUGCGCUAGCCACAAAUGUGGGGGAUCUUCAAACGGCCUUCGUUUUCCCUACACCUUCCUAUUUAAGAACUGCUUUACAAUCCACAGUAAAUAGCCUCACAAUCGAAUAAUCUCAAAAGUGUGAUUAAAUUGGCUCUUCCGGUUUUGACGAAAAAAUCUUGGCCCCAUUCUUUGCACAAGCUGAUGAAAAUGAAGAUGGCCAGCUAGAUGCAGUUGAAUUUGCAGGAUUCCGAUCUGUUAUUCGAAGUAAAGCUGUGCGUAACGCGUUAGACACAUUGCAGGUAUACCACACUUGUUAUUAACGUUUUUAUCAAAAAAAUAAGAUUGUGAAAAUUAAUAAUGUGCCACAAUUACUACCACAAU